AUGUCUUCCUAUUUGGAUAAGCAGCAGGCCGCUUUCAAGAGCGAGGCUAUGUCAGUGGCGCCAAAGAUCUCUGCCAAACGAACUCUUGCACCACCAGUUGCCGAAAAUGCUCCUUCCCCUGCACCUUCGAACGCUUCGAAUACUUCCAGAAAUGAGAACAAGGAGGCGAAGCGAAAGAGAGAGGCACAGAACGUUGUUUACUCGCAACCGGCUGCAACUGGUUACGGAACAGAGGCGUUUACGCAGGUCACAUAUGUCAUCGAAUUCUUGAAGAAGAAGGAUGAGUCGAAGACGUUUCGAGAAAUUCUCGAGUACUUGAGCCAGGUCAAUGCAGAAGAUCGAACAAAAAUUUUGAUUGCCAAAAUCCUUCGUCAGCACGAACGUGUGAGAUGGGUUCCGGAUCCAGAGCUGAAGAGUCAAACUUGGGACUCGGGUACCUUCAUGCACCGGCCGAUCAUCAACGUCCGUACCAAGAAGGAUCUGAUUGCCUACUUGCAGAACAAGGCGGACGCACAAGGAGUUUCUGUUAAGGAUCUGAAGGACGGCUGGGCAGAUUGCGAGGAGGCCAUCGAUGAACUAGAGGACGAGCAUAAGAUUCUUGUCACACGGACGAAGAAGGAUAACCAUGCCAGAAUGGUUUGGAGCAAUGAUCCGUCAUUAUUUCACCAAGUCGACUUCGAGUUCCAGGACAUGUGGCGUAAGACAGAGCUCCCAAGUGUUGAUGAACUUGUCCGCAAGCUCCAGGAAGCAGGCCAGAAGCCGGCCAGUGAGGACCCGAGCAAGCGCAUCAAGGCUGCCCCGAAGACAAAGGAGAAGAAGAGGAAGGCUCCGAGAAAGGGCGGCAAGACCACGAACACCCACAUGCAACACCUCCUCAGGGACUUCUCCCACUUGAAGCGGUAA